AUGGCGAAGGGAUCUCAACUAUCGCAGCUGAAAGCUGCACUAUCGCAAGCCGGCCUAACAGGAAACCAUACGAAUGGCAAGAAGAGAACACGAGCCAUCAGUGACAAGGAGAAAGAUCGAGCCAAAAAGGCAGCCAAACUACAAGAAAUCCAACAAAAACUGAACCCUUUCGAUGUCAAGGUCACCAAAGUGAAGCACGAUGUCGGAGGCCGCAAAAUCAGAGGAGUCUCUGGCCGUCCUGCCCAAAGUAAACAAGCAGGCCUUGAACAACGUAAACGGACUCUGCUGAAAGAGUACGAAGAAAAGGGCCACGCUGGCGGAAUCAUUGAUCGACGAUUCGGAGAAAAUGACCCCACGAUGUCCAUCGAAGAGCGCAUGUUGGAGCGUUUCACCAAGGAACGGCAGAGAGCUUCUCGGGCAGGGGCAUUCAACCUGGAGGACGAGGACGAACUCACCCACUAUGGCCAAAGUCUCUCUAAUUUGGAUGAUUUCGAUAACGCGGGCCUGACUCUUGAGGACGAUGAUGAUGAAGAUCCAGGCCAAAUCAGCAGGGAAGCAGUCGAGAAGGCCCAUUUUGGUGGCUUUGAAGACGAGUCGGAUCACGAAGAUGAGCCCGAGCGGAAGAAAUCUAAAGCUGAAGUCAUGGCUGAGGUCAUCGCUAAAAGUAAAGAACACAAGAUGCUUCGCCAAAUUGAGAAAGAACGCGAUGAAAAUAUCCGCCAUCAACUUGAUGAAGACUUCGACUCAAUCCGCGAUUUGUUAUAUUCGCAGAAACCCUCCGUCGCCGACGUUAUUCCUUCCACGACUGUAACCGCGGAACCUACGACGGAAACUCCCGCGACGAUUGACGCAGACUACGAUCAACGCGUCAGGGAGCUCGCAUUUGACCAGCGAGCGAAGCCAAAGGACAGGACGAAAACCGAUGAAGAAAUUGCAUUGGAACAAAAGGAGCAACUCGAGAAGGCUGAGCGGCGAAGGCGGAAGCGGAUGCUAGGGCUAGAGGAUAGCGAGGACGAGGACGGACAACCGAAAGCUAAGCGUAGAAAAGGAGGGGAUGACCUUGAUGAUGAUUUCCAUGAGGAGGUGGAGGAAGAGUGGGAUGGCCUGGGAAAUGGCCUGGGAGGUCAGCCCGACCAUGGUGAAGAAGAGGAUGAUGGAGAGGCCGAGAGUUCAGAAGACGACGAUGAAGACCAGGGGGGAGACGAAGAAGAUGACGACGAUAGCCAGGAUAGUGAGGACGAAGAAGGAGAGCUAGGGGAGCACGACACUCUCGUCCCUUCGCGCAAUGAAGCCAAUCGACCCAAACCUAAAACAUCUAGUGAACUUCCGUUUACAUUUGAAUGCCCGUCAAGUCAUGAUGAGUUCCUGGAGAUCGUCGAUGGCCUGGACGACGGAGACGUGCCUACUGUCGUUCAGCGUAUACGUGUGCUGCACCACCCUAGCCUUUCUCCCGACAAUAAGCAUAAACUUCAGGUUCUCAAUCAUGUUCUAAUAGACUACGUUUUGUACAUCACCUCACCCCCAUCCCCACGCUUUGGUCUCCUCACCUCCCUACUUCCCCAUCUCCUCGCGCUUUCCCGAAGCUACCCAACACAAUCGGCUGAAUACUUUGUCGCAAAGCUUCGCUUGAUGCAUCAAAACCUUCGGCGAGGCGUCGCCAAAGGACCACUUGAUCCCGAAGCCAAAACAUGGCCCGGCAUUCCCGAGCUCACACUGCUCAGAGUCAUUGGUGCUAUUUGGCCAACUAGUGAUUUGAAUCACAUCGUUGUAUCACCGACACGUCUGCUCAUGGGUGCGUAUCUCGGCCUUGGACGCGUGAGGUCGAUAUCCGACAUCGCUAGUGGCCUGUUCCUCUCUACGCUCCUCCUCCAGUACGAACAAGUCUCUAAACGGCUCGUGCCAGAAGCACUGAGUUUCUCCGUUGCCGUUGUCUUACAUCUCGCACACACUCCAUAUGUAGAUGCAGCAUCUGUCCCGGGAACUUUCGCCCUUCCUGAUUUCCGGGCGGACGCUUGCCGCGUUCUUGCCCUCGACGCAAAAAAAGCCAAAGACGCUGUUAUCCGAAAAACCAAUAUUCUCGCCCUCCUCAGUAACGCCUCCUCCGAUCAGCAAGUAAAGGUGGACCUUCUCAACACGUCGCUAGAUUUGAUUGGGCGGUUUGCAGAUCUCUACAAGGGUCUAGAUGGAUUUAUUGAGUUAUUCGACCCGGUGAGAGAUAUUUUAGAGGCUGUAGAAACAAAGAGAUUGCCAGCAUGCCUCAAAACAAGCCUGAGUCCUCUGCAGGAUAGACUGAAGAAAAUGCUCCACUUCGCUCGUCAAUCCCGUCAACCUCUCCUCCUGCAGGUUCACAAGCCAAUCCCCAUUGCGACCUAUAUUCCCAAGUUCGAAUCCUCGUCGUCAUCUUACAUGCGUCGCCAAGAUCCAGACAGAGAACGUAAUGAAGCCGCGAAACUACGCAAUCAGUAUAAGGAGGAACGCAAGGGUGCAAUUCGUGAGCUCAGGAAGGAUGCUAGGUUCUUGGCGACGGUGGAGCAGGAGAAGCAAAAGGAGAAGGACCGCGCGUAUCACGAACGAAUGAAGCGUGUCUUUGGGUCUUUAGAAGGGGAAAGAGCGGAGCAAAAGGCUAUGGAACGUGAGAAGGCGAAGGACAAACGGAGGUCAGGACGGAAGUAG